UCCUUGCCUCAUGGUGUUUGAGAGUGGUUUUGAGUGUUUGGCAGGUUAAAUUUAGACUAUUGAUGUAAGCUGCAUUCCAUUCACAACAGACACAGAGACACACUCACAGUUUGGCUUUAGUGUCCAGGAGUGUGAAGAUCAGGGAAGAUCAAACUACCGACUGUAGGUUGACCCCUGAGUCUCUGUGUCUCCACUUCAAGGAUACAGGUUGCACACUAGGGAUACCAUCACAGAACAACUACAUCCUGUGUCCUGUGUUUCCAGUACUCCUGAGUUCUGCCAACCUUGCCAAAGCCACAAUGUCACAAUUCUGUACAAUGCCAGCUGGAGAGAGGAAGAAGUGUGCAGCAGCUAUUUGCCGAGAGGUCCAUGGUACCAAUGGGGACGUAAUGGAUCUCGGAAAGAAGCUCAGCACUCCUAAAGACAUUAUGUUAGAGGAGUUAUCGUUGCUUUCCAACAGAGGGUCGCGGCUUUUCAAAAUGCGCCAGCGAAGAUCUGAAAAAUAUACAUUUGAAAGUAUCCAAAAUGAGGCAAACGCACAGCUAAAUCAUGAUAUUUUAAAUGCGAAUACGCACACUGUGGAAAUUAAAGUGGAUCCACCAGCAGAUGGAAGUGCUGGUAAUCCAGAAAACACUGUUUUAGACAUGAGUGCAGAGAAGUUAGCCUCAGCUAUGCCCAAGUCCUACCACUCCCCAUGGGAGCAGGCAAUCCUCAGUGACCCCGACCUCGCCGAAACCCUCAAACUGACAAUGCCAGCACCAGACCCACGACCAGGUCUUCCUGACUACAAAUGCUUUAACCGGGUGGCCACUCCUUUUGGUGGCUUCGACAAAUCUCCCAGAGGAAUCACGUUCAAGCUCCCUGAGGUGGACCUGAACCCACCCAGUUACCCAGAGCUGCAGGAGCCAGGGAUAAAGCGGCCCACCUUCAACAGGACAGCCCAGGGAUGGAUAUCUGAGGGCACCCAUCUGAUCCUACCCACUGUUACCCUGGAGCCAGUCAAAGUCCCAGAGUCUGAUGACCUGUAGAUGAUCUUACUGUGUGUAAUGUGGCAACAACAUGUUGGUAGUAUUUUGGCCCUGCCUGUGAUUAAGGCAAAUCAUUCAAGUAGGAGCACAGUCACAAUUCCUAUCCAAUAUUUUGUUUUUUUUCCCCCAAUGGACAAAACAUGUUUCAUGCAUUUGUUGACCCUAAAAAACAUGUAAAUAGCAAAAUGAAUGUGCUAUACAUAAUUCAAGAAGAAGAGUUUCCACUGAUACUGAAGGCAAAACUGUAACUUUUAUAAAUGGUCAAAUGAAUUGAUGAAUAUGUAAUGUAAAUAAAGAAUGAAACUUAUUUAUUGAUAGAACACAACUGGAAGAUGCAGUAAGUUAUAUUAAGUUAUUAUUGGUAAGCAGUAUUUCAAUUAUAUCUACUUUGAAGAAUUACAGAAUUUAUAAUCAUAUAUAAAGAUAAGACCCUAAGCCUAAUCUAAAGAAAAACCUUAUGUGAGAGCAACAAAUGCUGAAUAUUCAAAUACAUAUUAAUUUAGAUAUCAAUUAAAUUAAUCUAAAAUCAUCAUUAAAAUGUCAUAAAUAUACUUGUAAAACUCAACAGUAAGAGCUCAGUUUUAAGCUCUGAUUUUUUAUGACUGUUGAAGAAAAAGAAGAAGUUAUUUUAGAAACAUUUUAUCUUGAGGAAAUAACAUCAAGGUCUCAUCAGUCUGGGAGGAAGACUGAGGAACCUGGACUUUGACCUGAUGUAACUGUGCCACUCACACUGAACACUAUUCAUUAAAAACAGCAUAUUCAUACACUCAAAAACUCUGAUUCUAUACAUAAAUAUAUUUCAUAACUGUACAAGCAAUAGCUAUGCCUAUCACAAAUCAAUACAAAGUGGAUUAAGUCACACAUGCCUGGUUUUGAGUGGAACAACACAAAGAGAAAAUGUAACUGUUUGUUCUGUAUUGUUUCUAGUCACAGAUCGACUAAAAGAUUGUAACUUUACAGUAUCACAACAGUAGCAAUACUGUGUAUGAGUGCAAAAUACACUGAAUGUAUGUGAGUGAUA